UUUAAUUAAAUGAAAAAAACAAAAAAAGCAUAUACACACCUUUUUUUUAAUAAUAUAGAGGUCCAUUUAAAAAUAUUAAUGUUUGGAAAUUCAAAAUUAAACAAAAUGUUUUUUUAUAAAUCCCGCCUACUCGCGUCAAAACAUUCUUUUUAAACAAGAAAUAACGACAAAAAAAAAAGGUUUCGGUUAUUUUUAGUCACAUUAAAAAAAUCUGGUAUUAAAACUAAGAACCACAUAAUUUUUACAGUGGAAAAUGUUGCUAUUUUUUUGUUUCAUUUCCUCAUGGAGACUUUUACUACAGAUAUUAUAACAUUUCUCAAUCAAUAUCGGGAUCAGGUAUCUUCUUUUAAAAAUAAACCUAUUCCCUCAUCACAAGAUGGAUCAUUACCAAAAGACUCCAAGACAAUCUCUGAAGUGGAGAACAUGCUUGAUAAUGGUCAGAAGACUACUCUGGAAAAAAGAAACAUGCGUAAACAAGACAAUUGUGAAAGUAAUGAUAUGAUGUCUGUUAGCAACGACACUGUUUUUACACUGAAAAUUAAACAUUACUCGACUUUUCUUUGGGCACAUCAAAUUCAGUUGUUUGUUAUUAUUGUUUCUAAUAAAAACUUUCCUAAAUAUCAAUUCACAGGAUCCUUAAGUGAUUGUCAUGUAACCUUUCAAAAUGUAAAUAAAAAUACAUUAGUCGCUAAAGUACCUUCACAAAAUCCUCAAGAGUGUUGCAUGACACUUACAGCUUAUGAUUAUAUAAAUCAAAAGCAGAAACGCAUCAACUUUCUUCUCAAACAACACGAGACAUGUCAACUUAUUACUUCGCUUCCCGUGACUGUCAUACCCAAUUGUGGCUUGACGCUUAGCAGCGACAACACCACUGCGUGUAGGAAUUCCCUUCAUUAUAAACGCAUCAGUGGAUCUAUUAAGCUGCAUAAUAACACCAAAACUCACACACUUUCAAAACAGCCACUAAUAACAAGGUUAAAGGAGCUCCGGCAAUGGAAACGGCACGAACCUUUACGCGAAUUGUCUCUUGCUCUUGUAUCAUUGGAUUCAACACUGACGCAAAGCGGUAUACCUUUUAAUGUUCGUGCAACAAUCUAUCAUUCCGUACCUUCAAUUAACCGUGAUAUUAUUUCACAAUUUCACCAGCAACUUUUUGAAAUUCAACCUUUUCGAAUGUAUUGCCUUCACUUAUUUACAAAAAGUCACCCAGAAGAAGUGUACAGUAUCUUUUCCUUUACUUUAAGACAGGAAGCUUCUUCGAAUGAUUCAAAAAACCCCAUGUUUGUUUCAAGUUUGGAGCGUUUUGAUGCCUAUGAUCGUGCAUGUUGUGAUCCGCGUUAUUGGACAUUUCUCGAUGAACUUGUUCCCAUGAAAAAUGAAGCUGCCCAUGACAUUUGUUCUUCUCCAUUACAACAGAGUCCUCCACUUCCUGAAUUAUUACGAGAUGCUUUCAGUGGAUGUGUGACAUCCGGGUGUUACUCAAAAGAGCCUUCCUUACAAAUUGCUCCUCAUGUUUUUUUGUAUUGGGAUGUGUGGCCAAAUCGAAUUCUACCUAAUGAAUCAAAUGAAGGCAAUAAAGUGUUAGAAAUUGAAAGGAAAGCGCGUACAAUGCGUAGAGGGACUUCAUUUUUCGAUUCCUUCGACGCUAUUCUACAUGCCAAUCAAAUACCUGAUGAUGAAGUGGGCCAAAGCGAAUCGACUGGAUGUACGGGAAUCCCAUUGCCCACUGAACAAAACAAAACUGAAAACAAAGAGAAAGCUCAAAUGUUUCUAGAAGAGCAUCCAACGCCAUCAAAUAAGGAUAACAAAAACCAAGAUCCUCUUCUUUUUGGAAUCACUCUUUGUGUUGAAGACAGAAUUUACACAAGUGUUACAGGUGUUUCACAAAAAAUGCUUCACUACGUUGUAAAACAUUGGUUAUCUUUUACUCCUUAUGAAAAGGAUUUUCUGCAAAGAUAUCAACUCGUUCAGCAACAAGCCUAUCCUAGUUUCUUCUCCUCUUCCCAUUUCUAACUUACUACACAAAAAAGGUUUUUCUCGAGGAAAGAUUGAAAAAAAACUUUUUUAUGUAGAACAUUAGUAAAAUCGUAUAAUUUUUUUUUUCGCAGUAAGGAAUGAAAUUAAAAAAUUAAAAACAAAAAGCUUGAGAAGGCUUUGAAUAAGUUUGAA